AUGACUACCCGUCUCCUCCAGGCAAAUCUUAACCGCGCUCGCGGAGCUCAGGAGCUUUUGAUGCAGUUUUUCCGCGAGCGCGGUUGUGGGCUAGGAAUCGCCGCCGAGCCGCAUCUCGUCCUCGGGAGUCACCCCACCAUAAUUGGUGACGUUGCGGGGCAGGGUGGUAAGUGCUCGGUAGCGAUAUUUUGGCAGGAAGGAGAUGCCUCUCCCCCGAUCUUUUUCGUGGAAAAAAGGGGAGGUUAUGUCGCGGUCGAGUGGGGGGCCCUAGACGUGGUCGGGGUUUAUGCCCCACCCUCGUGGAACCUCGCUCGCUUCGAGCACCUUUUGGGCCGGCUAGGGAACCUCAUCUCGAGGCGUCCCCAAAGGCCGGUCCUAGUGGCCGGAGACCUCAAUGUCAAAUCGGCGCUGUGGGGAUCCUCGGUCAGGUGUCGAAGGGGCGGGGUGUUAAAGGAAUGGGUCGCGUCCGAUGGCCUCUGCACUAUGAACAGAGGCCGAAGGAGCACCUUCGUCGGGCCGCGGGGGAGAUCGGUGAUAGACGUCACCUUUGCGUCUCCCCAGGCGGCCCGACUCAUACAGGAUUGGAGGAUGGUGACCAGCGGAGAAAAUCUCUCGGAUCAUAGGUAUAUUGUGGUUCGGCUGGUUGCCACUCCGGAGGAGGUGCUCCGGAGGCGUGGCCAGGGGGGUGCCCGACCACAGAGAUGGGCUCUCCGCAAGCUCGACCGCGACAAGCUGGCGGCCGUCCUGAUGGCGGCCACUUGGGCGGAGCCGGGUCCCACUCCGAGAACCCGGCCCGCCAUUGAGGACGAGGUGGCCGGGAUUCGGGACAUGAUGACGGCGGCGUGCGAUGCCGCCAUGCCCCGAUCCCGGUCACACCCCCGCCGACAAGGACCCAUGGGGGCGCCCUUAUCAUACCGUGAUGAGGCGCUUGCGCAACUGGGCGCCCUCACCGACGGCGUCCCUGGACCCCGAUUUCCUUGA